CUCAGCCUGAAUGACUGCCUGCCUGUGAGGAGGAUUCUGUUCACCCACCUGCAUCAGAGCGAUGUGUGACCGGAAGCAGAUUCAGUGUUGCCUGCUGCUCCCCCAGUGCUGUGUGAAGGGUUCCUCUCUUUGCCCCUCUAAGUCCACUUGUGCCAAGAGGCAGGUAGUGGCUCAAGCCCCUUCUGAGAUGCAAAUUGUGGAAUGCCCCGCACCAUCCCCCAUUCAAGUUUCCCAGGUGAAAUACCAGGCUCCAUGUCAGUCCCAGACCACCCAGGUGAAGUGCCAGGCUCCAUGCCAAUCUCAAAUCUCCUGUGCUCAAUGCCAGGGCCAGUGCCAACCUGAGGUUUCCCACGUGCAAUGUGAAGCCCCACCCCCUGUUCAGAUCUGCUAUGUGGAAUGUGCUCCAACUUGUUAUACAGACAGCUGUUGUGUGGAAUGCCCAGUCCAGACCCAUGUAGCCUGUCCUCAGCCUGUUCAGCCUCAUGUAGUUUGCCCUGCAGUGUACCAGACUCAGCAAAGAUUCCUGCCCCAGCGUCAAUAUCAGGACUCCUACGGCAACCAUGCUCCCCAGCGUCAAUCUCGGGCUUCAUUUAGCACUUGCGCACCCCAGUGCCAGACUCAGAGCUCUUAUAGGAGCUUCACCACGCAGCGUUACUCUCAGAGCACGAGCAGAUGCCUCCCUCCUCACCAGCUGCAGCGUUCUUACCGCAACUGUUCCCCACCACGAUGUGCUGAGCCCUACAAUAGAAGCCGCCUGCCAUCAAUAUGUUCUGCAGGUUUCUAUAACUACUGCACCCCACAAAUCUUAAUUUCACCUGUGUGUCCCUAUGAACAAUCUAUAUAA